AUUAUGACAUUUGUCAAAUGUUUGUAGGCUCAUACAAAAAAGAUAAAAAAACUUUUCUCUCCAUUUACUUUGGCUUUCGUGUCGUCGGCUUUUUAUCGUGUAUAAUUGGACAAAUUGAAGUUAAAUUCGGAUAUUUAGGAUAAUCGAGAUGGGACUUUCGCACAGUAUUGCCGUUCCUGGUGGAGGAACCGAAGGAUACCAUGUUUUACGGGUGCAAGACAACUCGCCAGGCAAAACGGCCGGACUGGAGGCAUUUUUUGACUUUAUUCUUGCCAUCGGCAACACACGCCUGGACCAAGAUAACGAUACGCUCAAGGAGCUACUGAAGGGAAACAUCGACAAAGAGAUCCAGAUGACAGUGUACAGCAGCAAAACGCAAAACAUUCGCUUGGUGGACAUUACGCCGAGCAGUACCUGGGGUGGACAGGGUCUGCUCGGGGUCAGCAUACGGUUUUGCUCGUUCGAGGGCGCCAACGAAAAUGUGUGGCACAUUCUAGAGGUGCAUCCAUCGUCACCGGCAGAGGAAGCCGGGCUCAUACCGUUCACGGACUACAUCAUUGGUGCCGAUUCGAUACUGCACGAAAGCGAAGACCUGUUUACGCUCAUCGAAUCCCAUGAGGGUCGGCCACUGAAAAUGUACGUGUACAAUACGGAUCUCGACCGGUGCCGUGAGGUGACGAUAACACCGAACUCGAAAUGGGGUGGUGAAGGAAGUCUCGGAUGUGGUAUUGGGUACGGUUAUUUGCAUAGGAUACCGAUUCGGCUGUUACCGAGCGAUGGAAAGGAUCCCCUGAGUGCUGCGGCACAAUCGGUCCCGGUUGUGCCGGUCGGUGCUACUGCCAUGUUCCCGACAGCUUCGACGACUGGUGCAAUGGCAGGAUCUACCGUAGACACGACCAAUGCCAACCGUUCCAUGCCAUUCAUUCCGAUGGUGCCCCCUUUGGCGAACACUUUCGCACCACAGGCUAAUAAUGCCGUCCAUGAUCUGCUUACGGUGUCACAGCCAAGCAACACAUUGACAGGCACAGCAACGACGACACCGGCAGUGGGUGAUUUGAGCAGUCAGUUUGCGGCCUUGUCCACGGCGGCCGGCCCAACAGAUCAAGUGAAUAAUAACGUUGAAACACAAACGACACCAACGCAACCGAUUUAUAAUAACAACGCAGGCCAACCGGGAGAGGUAGCAUCGCCACCGAUUCACGUCGGUCCGGCCAUUUAUACACCACCCGCAGGAUUGGUAGAUGUGCAAGCUGUAAUCCCUGCUACAAAUGGAGACACUGUACCUUCUCAACAACAGGGACCGCCGCCGGCUAAUCUUUCCUAUCCGCCAUCUUCCAUUUCCUCGUUACCGACCGCAGCGAAUCCCUACUCCAAGGCUAGUGCUGUGCCACCACCAUCGACACUGGCCAGCGAUUUCUAUCAAAUGUACGGAACGACGGUUGUGCCGGCUAGCAACAGCACCAUUGUAUCGACCCCCAACAGCUACGCCAUGUCCUCCACGAUUGACUUUCUGCAGAGCCAACAACCACAACCGAUGCAACCACAGCAACCCUGGGGCACACAGCCCCCAAUUCAGAUGUACUCCACGUAUCCUCAGGUGCAACCGAUUCCGGACCCGUCGCCCGCCCACCAAUCGGCGGUUGCUGGUGGUUCGGUUCCGGCCGCAUCUUCACUAUUCCAAAGCAGCGCCGUUACGACACCCAUCUCCCUGCCCGGCAUGCCGCCGAUAACGGUUAGUGCUACGAUCCAGCCGGAAGCGCUCCGUGGUCUGCAGUUUACCAAUGCACCCGUUGCGAGCGGCCAACAGCAACCACCGCUAAUGACGAUGCCCCCCACGUUGCAAUGAAUGUCGACCUUUCGAAAUGCGAACCUCUCUCUCGUAUGAGGAGCAAAACCGGUAAAUGUGCAAUCGGUGGGUUUGUACAUAGAAGCAAUCCAUUCGUUUGAUCCAGCUUUCGUGUCUUGUUCGAAAGCUUAUCGAUUUAUGAAAGUCGAUUGAGAACGAAGGAUAAUUUGGUGCAUUUGGUUGCCCUGGGUGACACGCCAGAUAAACACACGUAUAAUUUUUAUCUUGCGCUUUAUGUUACACUUAAGUUUAGUCAAUCUAUGAAUGGAGAUAAAGUAUCGUUAUCAAUAUUAAAACUAA